AUGACGGCUGAGGCAUUUAUAGCAGCUCUACGACGUUUCAUCGCGAGAAGAGGUGAAGUAAAAACAAUGAACAGUGACAACGGUACCAAUUUUGUUGCGGCAAAUCGUUUGUUGCAUGAAUUAACGCAAAAAGAAAGGGAAGAGUUCAACGAAGAAGUUGUUAACGAAUUUACGAGCCAAGGCAUUACUUGGAAAUUCUCGCCACCACGAGCGCCACAUUUCAACGGCUUAGUGGAGGCGGGCGUAAAAACAAUAAAAAUCCAUUUUAAGAAGGCGUUGGGAGAUAAAAAAUUCACAUUCGAAGAGUUAUCAACGGUUUUAACUCAAAUAGAAGCAGCGGUGAAUUCACGACCACUAAUUCCAAUGUCCUCUGACCCCAAUGAUAACACGAUUUUAACUCCAGCUCAUUUCCUGUUAAAUUCACAUCCGAUGGCAAUCGCGAGUGAAAAUUUGGACGAG